AUGCACCUGCUCACCGGAUGUUUGCGCCUCGUGCUGCUGGCGGCCGUGGCGCUGCCCAGCUUUGUUGGCCAUGGCGCGCAUGCGGCGUCGGAUGCAAAACAGCUGAAGGCUGAGAAGAGGAGCGGCCAGCAUCCGCUGGCAGGCAAUCCCAAAGCCCGCGAGGCUUGUCCCGAUUACACGGCCUAUGCAAGGCAUGGCCAUCCUCCCUACAGCGAAGGUCCAAUGGAACUGCCCUUCCAGCGCCCUGCCGCCGUGUGUCGCACGUUCGAGUCUCAGCUUGUCGAGGAAGUUAUAGAUGCAAUGAAGGACAGGAUGGUGGACAAGGACCUGGCUCGAAUCUUUGAGAAUGCGUUUCCGAACACACUCGACACGACAGUGCGCUGGCACACGGAGGGCGACAAGACGACAAUGCCAAACAUGCGUGCGCCAUGGCAGGGCGUUCAAAGCUUCAUCGUCACUGGAGACAUCAAUGCCGAGUGGCUGCGCGACUCGACCAACCAGCUUGCCCAAUACCAGAAAUUAGCCAAGAAGGACAAGGCCAUUGAGAGUCUGAUUUUGGGCGCCAUCAACACCCAGGCCGAAUUUGUCAUCGGAUCGCCGUAUUGCAACGCCUUUCAGCCGCCGCCUCCCAGCAAGCUCCCGGCCUCAAGCAACGGCAUGGACGACGUUGUUCAUCCCGUGUACGAACCUUCGUUCGUCUUCGAAUGCAAGUACGAACUAGACUCGUUGGCGCAUUUCCUUUCGCUGGCCAAUCAGUUCUACAGCCAUACUGGAUCCACGGAAUUUGUGAAUGUGCGCUGGUAUACGGCGCUCAACACGCUGCUUGACGUACUCGAGCAGCAAUCCAGGCCGACUUUCGAUAAGCACGGCGACUUCAGGAAGAACGAGUACACGUUCAAGCGUCGUACCGACGCCGGCACCGAGACUCUCAACCUCGGUGGCAUUGGCAAUCCUCUCAACGCCGGAACUGGUCUGGUCCGAAGUGCAUUCCGGCCCAGUGACGACGCGACCAUUCUCGGUUACCUGAUCCCUGCAAAUGCCAUGAUGGCGGUCGAGUUGAAGCGCUGUGCAAAGAUGCUCGAAAAGGUCGGUGGCGCAAAGGCCAUCGAUUAUUCGAAGAAGGUGAGGCUGUACAGUGAAGCCAUCGAAGCCGGGGUGUGGGACCACGGCGUUGUGCACCACAAGAAGUAUGGCGAUGUUUUUGCAUUUGAAGUCGACGGGUUCGGCUCCUCGAUUUUGAUGGACGAUGCGAACCUCCCGUCGCUCUUGGCGCUUCCUCUGCUCGGCUUUGUCGAUGCCAAAGACCAAAUCUACCAAAACACGCGGAAGAUGAUUUUGGAGAAGCAGGGAAAUCCCUACUACCUCAAAGGCAAAGCUUUCGAGGGCAUCGGCGGCCCGCACAUCGGGUUGCAAAACGCAUGGCCUAUGAGCUUGUUGGUUCAAGCGAUGACAUCUGAUGACGAUGAGGAGAUUAUGGAGGCCAUUUCCUAUGUCAAGGCUGCCAGCAAGCUUGGGCUGGUGCACGAGAGUGUCGACGUCAACUACCUGAAGAGUUACACGAGGCCUUGGUUUGCUUGGGCAAACUCGGUCUUUGCGCAAACGAUGCUCGACCUGGCAGAGCGUAAACCCCAUCUCCUUUUCGGCCACGAUGCCAAGCCUUAUAGGAUCGAAUGA